AUGUUGCGGCAGCUGUGCGGCCGUGGCGCUUACAGGCCAUGGGCAUGUGCCCUGCUUGCUUGCUGUGGUGCUGCGUUCGGACAUACAGCAGCUUUGGAGAGCUGCUCCUUCGAGGUGGUAAUGGUUGAUGAUCGGCCUUGGAGAAGGCUGUCAGCACCACAAGCCCCAUAUUGGGUUUUGGGUGCGGCCUUAAAUUAUGCUUACGCGAUGCGCUUUGCUUACAGAAUCCGCCUUGUGCGGCCGUACCACUGGACCGACCCUUACAAAGGGAUGCAAGGAUCUUACCCUGGCUGGAACAAGGUGCUGUACUUCUCGGAGCUUCUGAGAGAAAGCCAGCAGCGCUGCACGUGGCUUCUCUACCUGGACUGCGACGCCUUCGUUCGCACCUUCGUGCCGCUUACAUCACUGCUUUCAGAUCUGGCUCGGCGCUAUGGUCUGAACACAGACAAUUGUGAAGGAACCUCUGCCAUCUUCGCACGUGAGGAUCCAAUGCCCUUCCUGAACUUGAGCAGUGGACCGAUGCCGACCGGCGCCGUGCCUGCAGCACCUUUCAUAAACACAGGUGUUUUCUUCGUCCGCGCCGAUUGCUCCAGCUCUCGACAGCUCUUCGAGACGUGGCUGCGUGCAGCGGCAAACCUGCCUCGUAGAAGGUUGUGGACCACGUGGCCCGGUGAGCAGGGAGUCCUGUCACAGCUAUUGGCUCCUGGAAGUUAUCCAGAGGCAGCUUCCGGCAUUUCGUUGCCUUUCGAGAGUUCAGCCGUUGCCGUGGUCAACAUGACAGAGAUCAACAGCCCAUGGGGGCACUACAUACACCAUGCUUGGGGAACAGAGGCUGAGAAAUCUGACUGUCCGAGGACACGGGUUUUGGAGAUUGAGGGCAGAGCAGGUUUCAUGUAG